AUGGGGAGGCCCGUGAGCAUCUGGUGUCACGGGUCUCGGAAGGCGGACCGGUACCACCUGCACCAGAAGUCAGCCCCGCGGCCCUGGAGAACUGUGUUCCCACGGGGACCCAGAGACAAGGCCGAGUUCCCCAUCCCGCUCAUGACCCACGGCCUUGCUGGGAGGUACCACUGCACGUAUGGCAGUCGAAGAGCCUCGUCCGCCCCCAGCGAGCCGCUGGACCUGGUGGUCACAGCUUUACUGCCUCAGGACACGCUGCCCACUCUGUCAGCCCACCCAGGCCCCACCAUGGCCCCAGGAGAGAAUGUGACCCUGCAGUGUCAGACUGGGAGUUUGUUUGACACAUUCCUCCUGUUCAAGGAGGGGGACAUCAGUCCCCCUCUGAACUUCAGGUCCCAGUACCAAGACGGGGUGUUUCAGGCAAACUUCCCCAUGAGUCCCGUGACCCUGGACCACGGGGGCACUUACAGGUGCUACGGGUCACUCAGUGGCACCCCCGUCCAGUUGUCACGUCCCAGUAAUCCAUUGGAGCUCAAGGUGGAAGGGGAUCCUGUUAAUAUCACCCCAUCAGUGCAGACCCCAAAUUCCACAAGUGGCCCCCAGGCCUCAGACUACACAGUGGAGAAUCUCAUUGCCAUGGGCCUGUCUGGAUUGAUCCUGGGGGUGCUAGGUGUGUUGGUGUUUCAUGCGUGGUACAGCGAGAGAAGGUCUCCAGGGAUAAACUGA